CAGCAUGGCUGAAACCACUAAGACCCACGCUAUCCUGCUGUCCUGCGGCAGCUUCAACCCUAUCACGAAAGGACAUAUUCAGAUGUUCGAGAGAGCUCGGGACUACCUGCACAAAACUGGAAGGUUCAUUGUGAUUGGAGGGAUCAUCUCACCUGUCCAUGAUUCUUAUGGGAAACAGGGUCUGGUCUCAAGUCGGCAUCGUCUGACCAUGUGCCAGUUGGCUGUGCAGAAUUCUGACUGGAUUCGGGUAGACCCAUGGGAAUGCUACCAGGAUACUUGGCAGACAACAUGCAGUGUUUUGGAGCAUCACCGAGACCUCAUGAAGAGGGUAACUGGCUGCAUACUGUCUAAUGUGAACACGCCAUCCGUCACACCGAUCAUUAAUCAGACCCUGAACCAGCCGACACAACCCAUCUACCAAAACAACAAUCUCACCAACAAGCCCACCGCAGUGAAGUUUCUGGGAAAAGUUGGAGAAGGACUGAGUCGUAUGUGCUGUGUGCGUCCCAAUCUGCAGCGUGUUACAUUUGUGGAUGAAAAUGCAAACUUGGGCACAGUCAUGAGAUAUGAAGAAAUAGAGCUGCGGAUCUUGCUCCUGUGUGGUAGUGACCUGCUUGAGUCAUUUUGUAUCCCUGGCCUCUGGAAUGAGUCAGAAAUGGAGGUGAUCGUUGGAGAUUUUGGCAUCGUGGUGGUGCCACGUGACGGUACAGACACUGAGCAAAUCAUGAAUCACUCAUCAGUUCUCCGUAAAUACAAGAACAACAUCCUGGUGGUUAAAGAUGACAGCAACCAUCCGAUGUCCCAUGUGAGCUCCACCAAGAGCAGGUUGGCCUUGCAGCAUGGAGAUGGACACGUGGUGGAUUACUUGAUGCAGCCUGUCAUUGACUAUGUACUGAAAAGUCAGCUUUAUAUCAACACAUCGGGGUGACCGUGAAUGUUCCUGAUCUAGGUGUGGCCUCGGGCUCACCUUCGUCAUCACAGUACUAUGUGUUAUUACUCACUACUUACCACAGUCUCCUCACGGAUCAUGAUUCCUCUUUUACCCCACUCAUUACUGUCCUCCUCACCUCUAUGCCUUACUCAUUCACUUAUCUUAUGACUCCAAAGCCCAAGGUUGAGGUAACGCUCGCUGUUCUUCUGAGGGGAGCGCUUGGGGCAGUGUUUUUUCUGGUGUCUUUAAGCAUUAGAACCAUUCGUUGUAUAUUACGGGGAGGGCGGCGUAUAAUAUAACCCAUUCAGUGCCAUGCCCAUCACUGAGCGGGCGUAUAUUUAUUCCCCUGUUGAUGGUGGGAGUUUUAGUAUGACUCAUUUCUUACUUUCUCCAAAUAAGUUGUUUUUCUCUUUUAGUGGUAGGAACUGGGAAUAAGUCCAAUAUCCCUGUCCUCCUUCUGUCCAGAGGACCGUGGAUACGACGACAAGAGGGGGUUGUUGCUGCAUUCCCUCCAUAAGCAUUCUGCAUGCAACUAGUAUGUUCUUCUCGUGCUUAUAUGUCCAUGGUGUUAUCAUAAAUUUUAUGAACCCCCCCCAAUCUAGAAGGACAGGGGCAUGCAGCUCAAUAAGAAGUACAGAAAUUAAUAGGGAACUGGUGGGGAACCUUGGGUGAAGGCCCUGAUUGGGAUGCUAUAAAGGGCAAUGCUUUUUUGACGCAGAAGGUGCUGAAGGUAUUUUGGUGGAAGAACGUCUAUAUGUAGCCUCAGUAUUCGCUCCAGCCAUGUCAAAAUGGUGUCGUAGACCCUAGGUGUAGCCCCCUCUUUCCGAAUAUAUGUCUUUCAGCGAUUGCUUUAACAAAUCAGGGCUCAAGGUUAGUGGAAGGUAAUGUAGCAGUUUUCGGGAUGGUGCUGUCCGGUGCAGUUUUGAACCAUAUGCCAAUAAACCUUUCCAUCCAGCUUGUACAGGCCUCUUACAGACAGCAGGGCUCACGCAUGAGUUACUACCGUGUGAAUCUGAAGUGCUAACAUUUACAUGGAUCUAUCUUAAAUAGGAAUAUAAAGCGUUAGAGUCGUUAUUACUUAGCAGUAAAGACUGUAGAGUCGCAUAAAAUACAAAAAGUAAUAAAUACUAAAAAAGCAUUACAUUUCAAAGGGCUAUUGUUGAGCAUGAGUACUGUAGACUGUAGAUACUGAAAAGAAAUGACCACUGAAAUCAGAAAUGUUUGACCCAUAACAUAAAACUUGACGAUAAAGGGGUUUUGCCACCAUUAAAUGUUAUUUUAAUAUAA